AGUCUUUACUUCAUGUUAGGUUCCACCCAGAAAGUGAGCAAAGCAUGUCUAGGAAGCCAGCCUAGGGAUAAAGGAAGAAACUGCUUAAAUAACUAGAGCAGCAGUCUGUGGACAUUUAGUGACGAGGCUGCCCUCCAUAUCAUUAGACUUGCCACAGAGGAAGAGAUGCUAAAAAUUGGUAUCUAGCCUAGAUUAGUAGGUGGGAGGAAUUCAGUGAGUCCAUUCUGAAAUCCGAAGUCCUCAAUUGCUAUGCAACAUCCAGAACAUCAGCAGGAUGCUCAUGGGAAGCUGAGAUCUCCCAGGCCAAGAAGAACAACCUGAGGACUCCAUUUCUGAAGGCCAUUGAACUCCUUUAGAUAAGUCCAGAGGGGAAAUCUGAGAUCAGUACAGCUAUGUCUAUGAUAGCUGAGGGUAAAUCAUUGGAGUCAGGGAACUAACUACUUCCAUUAGCAUUUGACUGUUGGUCCUUUUAUUGUGAGCUCCUUGUUUCUGCAAAGAUGGCUGGGGUCAGCAUAGUGGGUCAAAAAAAAACCCUAGAUGAGAGAGGUUGGGAAUCUCCAGUCUGCAUCCCAAACCAUGUCACUGAUGACUUGGGCAUAUCACCAGAUACUCAAGAUACAGAGGAUAGAUUCCACCCAUGGGAGAAUGACCCUCUGAAGAGAAGUUUGGAAUUAUCAUCAGAGCCAUUGGAGGGGACAUCUGGAAGUCAUGUGGGUGAUGUUUCACAAGAUCCUGUCAGGCCUCCAGUCCAGAAGAGAAAGCUAGAUCCACUUCCAAAAAAACAUAGACAUCUUAGAAAGGUCGUAAGGACAAAGAGAAUGAGAAAGAGCAAGAGGAAGAAGAAAGUGGAGACCCACUGCCCUGGCAUUCUUCCAACGCCUUUGUUACCACCACAAAGUGAAGAAGAUGAGGUGGUAGAUAAAAAGCUGACCCUACUCAGUGCCAAGGAAAGUGAUCCUGACCUUCCCAAUGAGGACAGAUUACAGAGUCAGCAGGAUGAAGGUACCUGUAUGAUGCAUCAGGAAUGUCAGAUCCAGCCCUGUGAGCUCUCCGUGUCCCAGGAGCUCGGGCCCUCCUCUCCUGCAAUGACAUCCUCGGCAUCACCACCACUCUGUUUCGGUCGUUUUUUAAGCUGUGUCUGCCAGACCUUCUCAAGGUCUAGGAAGAGGGAAUCUCCUGGAAGAGAGGGCACCAAGCAAGCUGAGACAGGAGGUGAUGCUAAGGCUCUGAGACCUGGUCUGCUGAGAGUUCUCGGCAAAAACAAAGUACAGCCUCACUAAAGUCUGUAGCAAGUUGAAGUUGAUUUAGGUUUCCCUUGUGUUUAGUUUAAUAGUUUUCUCUGUGUCAUUGUUCCUGUUAGUUGAGCUCUUGUCUGUCUAAAAGAGCUGCUUUUAAGUUGAGAUCUUCAAGCCUAAAGAGGUAGUAAAAGCAAAGUAACUUUGAGGCUUUUAAUACCGUGCCCAGGAGUGGGAUUGCUUCUUACUUCCUCCCAUUAGACUGAAGUAGGAUUCACUCUGGAGCAGUGGUUCCCAAAUUCAUGCAUGUUUCACUCAUGUAUUUAGUUGGCCUAAUUUUCUCUAACUUCCCUGAGGAUGGAAGUUGUACAGUUUCAUCAUUUUGAGUAAAGUCUCCUGAUAUCUAUCACCAAGUGGAGACUUCUUAUGCCCAGCUCCUCUCAUUUUUUUCUUUUUAACCUUUAGCUAGAGAUUCAUUUCGCAUUCUUCAUUUUCAGUACUUUGUUUAAAUUCUGCCACUUUCUACUUGAUUUGGCUAUGCCAAAUCAGUGGGUGGUGGUUAUUACUGUUCUUUCACAUGAUGCCACAAUUACUCUCCCAUCUGUAAGCAUUGUUUCGUUUUUCUUUUCUUACUUGUUAGUAAGAUACCUGGCUUCUGAAGUGUGCCUGUGGUCUUCUCUCUGUAUUGAAAACAUAGUCACACUAGGUAAUGCUCCUUCCUUGUCAUUCUUUAGCCAGACUCUCACAGAAUCCUGAGUUCUUCUGAGAAUCCCAAAUACAAUAAGUACUUUAAAAAAAAGUUCUAGAUCAUUUCACUUCCCCCUUGUUCUGGUAUGCUAGGUUAAUCCUCUUCCCAGGAUAGAAAAUAGAGUUUAAAUUAAUCUUAUACCCUCCUAUGAGGAGGGAGUAGGUUUAAGAAGAGUUUGAGAGUUUCUCUGUAGCUUUAAUUACCUAUUGUUAUUUCCUACUUGUCCCAGUUUCCCAACUCAUAUAAGAUUAAUAAAUAAAAGUAGAAAUAUCAAUAAGUGUGUAAAGGAUCUGCAUAGGAAAGAAGUUAUAUAUUUUCUUGCUUUCUUAAGACUGACCUUGAUGGUUACUAUAUUGGAAUUAGAGAAGAUGACCAAUAUAUUUGUUUUGUUCUUUUCUCUCCUGGAACAGGGCUUUUUGUACUGUUGAGAGAAUGUAGUUGGGAAGGGAAUAGAAUGAGUUGCAAGAGCAGUGGCAAAGAUCCUUAAGACUCCCUUGGAGGUAAUUGGUAAAAAUUGACCUUGAAAAAGUCUUUUGUGUUAUGGUGUGUUGAGGAUUUCAGAUUAGAAUUAGGAAUUUUGCUAAAUGUCAUACUCAGUGCCUGGAGUAAAAUGGGGCCCAUUUCUAAAGUCAGUCAUGCUUUGAAACCUUUAUUUUUUUAAACAAGUCAUUGAUUUCUUGUUUUAGAAAGUAUGGAGUUUUAAUAGAGUUAAUAGACCAUUAUAAAUGGGCUCAAGCUAUUACAUGAAUUUCAAAUUAUCCAAACUAUAUUUAUGUGCAUGUUUUCUCAAUUUAAUACAGGCAAGGCAUAAUGUACAUAAAGUCUUGAGUCACAGAGCCUAUUAUUCAAGGCUCAAAGGAAGGUAGAUAUUAGUGUUGCUAUUAAUACUUUAUUACUGUUAUUGUUUUUUAUCAUAGAAAAACUAUCAGUUGGAGCCUAGUUCGCCAUAUCUCCAACCCGUCUCCCAUACUGAUAUUCACAUAAGGUUUAUUUACUCCAAAUUUAGAGGACAGGUUUCAGAUAAGGAAAGAUCUGUAUAAGCACUUAGUUUUGAAACGCUUCUGCUCAUGUGUCUUGACCCCUUGCUCACAAACAGGAGAAAGGGUGUCCACCUCUCUUCUGAUGCAUUUGUAAAUGAGGAAGUGCAUGUUCUCUGGUUUCAGAUUUUGUGUUGCUGUCUUUUUGGUUUGAGUUAUUAAACAUGGUUUAUGGCUUAAUAAAGUUGCUUUUAUAAAAUAUAUUUAGAAAGUUAGUACAACUGUAUCCAAGUAAAAAGAAAUUAAAAAAUAAAAUCUACUACUAUUGAUGAGAGAUAAAGCUUAGGGGUCAUUUUUUAAAAUUGUUUUCCAGCAAGGCAGAUAAACAUAUUAUAAAUGUGUUGUAAACAGAAAUAAAUGACAAGUAUAAAAAUGAUCAU